AGAACUAACUUGAUGAAUAAGUCAGGCUCGCAAACAAAAGAAGGAAAGGGAAAGAGGAGUGGAAGUUGGAAAUCAUAGUUAUCGAAAAAUAUAGGGUUUCAGUCGAAGCUAUGGAUCUGAAGAUGAAUGAUUUGAAUCAACCACACUCCAUGGGAACUACCAUCAUUGGUGUCACUUACAACGGCGGCGUUGUUCUCGGAGCCGAUUCUCGUACUAGCACUGGCAUGUAUGUUGCUAACCGUGCAUCCGACAAAAUCACGCAGCUCACUGAUAAUGUCUACAUCUGCCGCUCUGGAUCGGCUGCAGAUUCUCAGACUGUCUCCGACUAUGUGCGCUACUUCCUUCAUCAGCAUACGAUACAGCUUGGGCAGCCUGCAACUGUUAAAGUUGCUGCCAGCCUCGUCAGGCUACUAUCUUAUAACAACAAGAACAUGCUACAAACUGGCAUUAUUGUUGGUGGGUGGGACAAGUAUGAAGGUGGUAAGAUAUAUGGAGUUCCUCUUGGUGGAACAAUAAUUGAGCAGCCUUUUGCCAUUGGAGGAUCUGGCUCAAGUUACUUAUAUGGGUUUUUUGAUCAAGCAUGGAGAGAAGGAAUGACCAGGGAGGAAGCCGAGCAAUUAGUGGUGAAGGCAGUUUCCCUGGCCAUUGCUCGAGAUGGUGCUAGCGGGGGUGUCGUCCGCACUGUCACUAUCAACUCCGAGGGAGUGACGAGAAAGUUCUACCCUGGAGACAAGCUUCCUCUAUGGCAUGAGGAGUUGGAGCCUCAGAAUUCAUUAUUGGACAUACUGAACAAUCCUGGUCCUGAGCCAAUGAACAUAUGAAGAAGAAGAAGAGGAAAUUGCCAUUUUAAAACUUGUUAUGUUGGAAAAUUAUUUAUUUAUCAGCUGAGCUGGAUAUUCGCAUUUUUUUUUUAAAUUAAAAGAUAUUUAGCUGCAAUGGUUUCCAUGAUAUUGUUUUCCCUUUCGCUAAGCUCACGGUACAAUGGGUGUUAUUUUUAGGCCAUCGUUAAAGAAGCAUCCACUGUUGCUGUAGAUCAAUUAUGUUGCUCCCUUGCAAGGAGGUUUGGUUUUAAGAAUAUUUUAUUAUUAUAAUUGAAAGAGUAUCCUGAAGAUGAAUUAUUUGAAAUA